GCUCCGGCUGAUAGAGACACGGUGUUGCCGUCUUGCACUCAUCUCUCUCCAAGGCAGCUGGCUUGGUCUCUCAUCGCAGCCUGAUUUAAAAGCGUGCAUUUGAUGGAGUGAAUAUGCAAUUAAUACGAGGAUUAAAGCCUGACUGCUGGCAGAUCUGAACAUGUAGAUGAGACACCAUGGAGUGGGUCUCCCCCGGGAUCAGUCCUCGGUUCAGCGCAAUCCAGUGGUCCCAUCGUCGGUCUGCGUGAAUGCGUCUCCUCUUUUGGGUGGGAAAAGCAAGGGAGCAGCAAACACGCUGGCGGGAGGAGGUGACUGUCACAGCCAGAGCUGAACCGCGUGGGUGCACGACUGUGACCCAUCAGCCCGAGUGCAAAUCGUCCCUAAGAAGACGGAGAGGGCUCAGGGGGAACGUGGGCAGCUGUUGGCAUCAAGACCGUGCUGGAAAGCAAAGGGUUAAAGCCACUCUUCAUCCCAGAACUCUUCCUCAGAGUCUUCUGCGAGAUCUUGGCUCGGGUAUUGACGGACUCUCCGUGACGCUCUGUUUCCAUCCCUUGGUGCCUGGCAGUUGCUGGCAGCAUCCCUCGGGCACUGCUGGCCCAUGGCUCAGCCUCGGUGGCCCUCGGGCCGUGGGUGCCCUUCUUCCAGCUCCCUGGAGCCCUGAACGUCUCCACAACUUCCCUCCUGAAGAUGAGUUUCCUCCCUGCCUGCUGACGACAGAUGCCGCUGGGGGCCGGGCACAUCGGUGGGGCGGCGGGACGCCACGGCUGAUGGCCUCUCUCCGGAGAUAGGCAGCGCUUCGCGGCCCACCCGGGGCUGCCCGGGUCUCCUCUUUGCCCAGGAGAGCCCCGGCCCACCCGGUGCUGCAGGCCAUGGAGGGCGCGUCGGUGCUCAGCCCAUCCUCGUGGGAGAAGCGGCGUGCAUGGGCCAGGCAGAGCCGGUGCUGGAGAACCACCGUGGUGGAGGAGGAGGCCGCUGCGGCCAUGCAGGACGUCCCUGAGCUGCAGCCACCUCACCUGGACGACGUCUUCCUCGAAGAAUACCUAAAAGCUUCCCUGGAAAAGUUUCAUUUUUCAGAAAUAGCUCAAGUUCUUCGGGAAAACCCAGUCCGUACACCUGCCGCCUGGUUCUCCAUGGGGACCUCCUCCAGCAAGAUAGAGACGUGGCUGCAGGACUGCGGGUCAUCCGUGGAGAUCCUGCCGGAGGAGAUGGGCUUGCCGGGCCCCUACGGGUGUGGAAGUGAUGGGACCAGCUUUGAGGAUGAUCUGACGCUGGGAGCUGAAGCACUUCUGCUACCAAGGAAUGACAAGGCCGUGGGCAGAGCUCUGCGGGACAAGCGCCUCAACCUCGGGCACAGCAUGGCAUCCAGCGUCCUCUCCAGCAUCACCAACAAGACCAGCUCCAGCAUCACCGAGAUCCUGGAGUGGUGGCAGGCAGAUGCCGAAGAGAUCCUCUACAACCUGGGCUUUGUGCAGAGCGAGCCGGAGGCCAUGGCCCGCAUCCCGGCACGCUUCUUCUCGGCACCCUCGCAGGCCAGGGGUAUCGACUUCCAGCUCUUCCUGAAGGCCCAGGUGCGGCGCAUGGAGAUGGAGGACCCCUGCCUGAUGCUGGCCAGUCGGUUCCAGCAGGUCCAGGCCCUGGCUGCAACGGCCGAUGCUUUCUUCUGCCUGUACUCCUACGUCUCAAGGACCCCCGUGCAGCGGAUCUCGCCCACCCGCCUUGUCUGGGCCUGCCCCGACAUCCCCGACAUCCGCAUCAGCCCCGCCAAGCCCGAGGCCCUGUCGCCCGUGGACCGCCUGAAAAAGGCCGUCUCUAAGAUGUGCCUGUACACGUCGCCGCGAGCUGAGGAGAGCCCACGGGGCCCUGGCCGGGGGCACACGGCGCAGGGCAGCCGGCCCAGCAGCCUGGGCAAGGUGGUGCAGGAGGUGCUGGAGCGGGCCAGGGGAGAACGGUUUCGGUUCGACCCAGCUGAUAUUGAGAGCUUGGAAGGGGCCACCACCGAGAUGCCCAUGGGGACAUCGCAGCACCGGCGUGGAGCAGAGGGACCUUCUUCAGUGUCACCAUCCCUGCAGAUGGCUCAGGGUGUCCCCACGUGUCCCCAGCAUGGCAGCGAGCCUGCCCCACCGUGCUGCAGAGGGGAGCGAGCAUCGCCACCACGGCUGGCCCCGCCAGGGACACCGACUGGCACCAAACCGGAACAUCUGGAGUGGCCCUGUCCCCAUUGCCAGGGGAGCAGUGACAGCCCUACAGCGACAGCUCCUUCGUGGGCCCAGGGGGCUGAGGAUGCCCCUUGCCCCUUGGGAGCGGGAAGGUUUGGUGCAGAUGACAACCAGACAGACCCUGCACCCACGCAAGGAAAUGCCACCUUGUCUCCGAGGCCGGGCUGCGCAGCCUUCCACGCCGGCUGGAUGUGGGCCACCCCCGAGCAGCCAGAGGGGCUGGGAACCGAAGGAGACUCUGGCUUUGGCUCCGGCUCCUGGGGGACCUCACCCCGGACGAAUGCAGGGUCCCAGCAGUGCCCCCCACGCUGCCCAGGCAAGACCCCAGACCUCUGUGGAGCGUGUUCCCCUUGGUCAGACAAGCCAAGACCUGGAGGCAGACGGGGUCAGCGGAGCAGGAGACGGUCCCCCAUGUGCAACCCAAGGGACACUGGAUGGAAAGAGGGUGACGUGUCAGGGCUGCAGGCUUCGGUACUGGGGGGCCUCUCACCCCUCCGUCCCAGCUGGGCAGAGACGCGCUCCCAUGAGACCGUGGACUCGUUCGAGAUGGAAGAGCCCCCGUCCUGGUACAGCUCCUCACCGAGCCCUGGUGUGUCUCACCUGAAGGUGCUGAGUGCCAGCGAGGAUGACGGUGAUGCCCAUGAGGAAGCAGGCUGUUCCCUCACUCCUUCCAUGAGGAUCCGGAGAAGCUUUAUGCUGCAUGCCAGCAGCUGCCACUCCGACAGCAGCGGCUUCAUGGAGGAGCUGGUGCCCAGCCAGCUGCCCGCAGCCCAGCUCCACGGCACGUCCUGCCCUCCGCUCCCCCGGCCAGCGGCAGAUCCGCGCGGGACGGACCCGACGCUGUGAGGCCAAGGUGCUCCUUUGGACUCGGAUCGCGCCGGCCGUGACUCCAGCAGCACUAGGAGCCACAGAUGGGUCACAGCCUGGUGCAAGGAGGAUCCUAUCACUGCAUUUCAAACACAGAGACCAUCCCGACGAGGCAGCCAGCCAGGGGCUGAGCACCGUGUGUACACCCGUGUGUGUGUGUGUGUGUGUGUGUGUGUGCACGUGUAUGCACGUGUGUGUGCGCGUGUAGGUGCACCUUCUGGGUGUCUGACACAGCAGACCUUUCGACUCAGGACUUUUGCUCAGAUGGCACAAGCAUCCCUCCUCCCCCCAGCCUGCCAGGUGGCACAGGGCCACGGCUCGGCGGGUGCCAAGGUGGGAUGGGGGGGUCCUUGGCCGAGGCCGGCAGUGUCUCCAGCUGGCACAGCCGUGGCAUGUCCUUGGCACGAGAGGAAAGGAGUGGCCAUGUCUCCCCUGCCUCGUUUCUCGGGGCCUCACUAGCACUUUGGAAACGGUAUGUUACACAUGCUGUAGCGCUUGUAACACUAGGAUGGGGGGAAGAGCCAACAGCACACUGGAAAUAAAGUUCCCGAAGGGA